AAUGACUGGAAAGUGGAACAUUUAUGUGUAGCUAUAGAUUGAUUUACACGUCAGUCUUUUCAUUCUAUCGAGCGUAUAAAUUUCGCUCACUGUUCCAAUUCCUUCGUAUUUCAUUUUUGUAGUUCAAACAGUCAAGUCGUGUAUCAGAGAAAAAAAUCUAAUAAGACACAACAAGAAGAAGAAAAAAGUGAAUUCUAGUGAAUUAAAGGAUAUUUAUUAAAUAAAAUUAUCAAUUAAGAAUAACUAGGAGAUAAAAAGUAUGAGAUUAACUAUAGCAUUAUUUGUGACGGCUCUUGCCGUACUGGGAGUAUCAUCCAGUGAAGAUAAAGACAAAAAAGACAUCGGAACUGUGAUUGGUAUCGAUUUAGGCACAACUUACUCAUGUGUUGGUGUGUAUAAAAAUGGACGUGUCGAAAUUAUUGCCAAUGAUCAGGGAAAUCGAAUUACACCUUCAUAUGUUGCAUUUACUGCUGAAGGAGAGCGUUUAAUUGGUGACGCAGCAAAGAAUCAGCUUACAACAAAUCCAGAAAAUACAGUUUUUGAUGCUAAGCGUUUAAUUGGUCGUGAAUGGUCAGAUUCAGCUGUUCAGCAUGAUAUUAAAUUCUUCCCAUUCAAAGUUAUUGAAAAGAACUCAAAGCCACAUAUUGAAGUUGCUACAUCUAAGGGAAAUAAAGUAUUUACACCUGAAGAAAUUUCAGCUAUGGUUCUUGGAAAGAUGAAGGAAACAGCUGAAGCUUAUUUGGGCAAGAAAGUUACACAUGCUGUCGUAACAGUUCCUGCUUAUUUCAAUGAUGCUCAACGUCAAGCCACAAAGGAUGCUGGUAUCAUUGCUGGUCUUAACGUCAUGAGAAUUAUUAAUGAACCAACUGCUGCAGCUAUUGCUUAUGGAUUAGACAAGAAGGAUGGUGAAAAGAAUGUCUUAGUCUUCGAUCUUGGUGGUGGGACCUUUGAUGUCUCAUUACUUACAAUUGAUAAUGGAGUUUUUGAAGUCGUUGCUACAAACGGAGAUACACAUUUGGGUGGUGAAGAUUUCGAUCAACGUGUUAUGGAUCAUUUCAUUAAAUUGUACAAGAAGAAAAAGGGCAAGGAUAUCAGAAAAGACAAUCGUGCUGUCCAAAAACUCCGUCGUGAAGUUGAAAAAGCAAAACGUGCACUUUCAGCAUCACAACAAGUCAGAAUUGAAAUUGAAUCAUUCUUUGAAGGUGAUGAUUUCUCUGAAUCACUUUCACGUGCUAAGUUUGAAGAAUUAAAUAUGGAUUUGUUCCGUUCAACAUUAAAGCCAGUACAAAAAGUCUUGGAAGAUGCUGAUAUGAAUAAGAAGGAUGUUGAUGAAAUUGUUCUUGUCGGAGGUUCAACACGUAUCCCAAAAGUCCAACAAUUGGUCAAAGAAUUCUUUAAUGGAAAGGAACCAUCACGUGGUAUUAAUCCUGAUGAAGCUGUUGCUUAUGGUGCCGCCGUACAAGCUGGAGUACUCUCAGGAGAACAAGAUACAGAUGCUAUUGUCUUACUUGAUGUUAAUCCAUUGACUAUGGGUAUUGAAACAGUUGGCGGUGUCAUGACAAAAUUGAUUCCAAGAAAUACAGUCAUUCCAACAAAGAAAUCACAAAUUUUCUCAACUGCUAGCGAUAAUCAACAUACAGUCACAAUUCAAGUUUAUGAAGGAGAACGUCCAAUGACCAAAGACAAUCAUUUAUUAGGUAAAUUUGACUUGACUGGCAUCCCACCAGCACCAAGAGGAAUUCCACAAAUUGAAGUCUCAUUCGAAAUUGAUGCUAACGGUAUUCUUCAAGUUAGUGCUGAAGAUAAGGGAACAGGAAAUCGCGAAAAGAUUGUCAUUACAAAUGAUCAGAACAGACUUACACCAGAAGAUAUUGAGCGUAUGAUUAAGGAUGCAGAAAGAUUUGCAGAUGAUGAUAAGAAACUCAAAGAACGUGUUGAAGCACGUAAUGAACUUGAAAGCUAUGCAUACAGUCUAAAGAACCAAAUUGGAGAUAAGGAGAAGCUUGGAGCUAAAUUGUCUGAUGAAGAAAAGGCAAAAAUGGAAGAGGCUAUUGACGAGAAAAUUAAAUGGCUUGAAGAACAUCAAGACACAGACUCAGAAGAUUAUAAGAAACAAAAGAAAGAACUUGAGGAUAUUGUGCAGCCAAUUAUCGCUAAAUUAUACCAAGGACAACCUGGACAAGGACCACCACCGACUGGCGAUGAGGAAGAUCUCAAAGACGAGUUGUAAAUCCGUUCAUCUCAAUCCUUUUUCUACUACAACAAAACAUAAACCUCUUAAUUCAAAAUGAUUUAAAUCCUAAGCCGUUAUCAUUUCCUUUUUUUUAUUUGUUACAUUCAUUUAUAAUUUUUUUCAUUCCGAGAAUUAAUUAAUUGUUUAAAAAAUUGAUCUUAAAGUGAUUUAGGGAAAAUUUUCAUACGUCGCAUAAAAAAAAAGAACCUUGUCCUAAUAAUUUAUUAGUAAAAAACAAAAAUAAGAAACCAAUGCACAUGACUGAUGAAUGAGCGAAUGAGUGCGUGAUCUUUUAAGUUUUUUUGUAAAUUCUUAAGCAUUCGUUUCUAUUAUGAAACAAAUUGAAUAAAAAAUAGAAGUUAAUCUAG